GCCCUGGUCCCUGCCGCUCUCUACAGUCUCCCAGGCUCCUCGAGCACCAAGAGGGACGGUGCAAGAGAGGGGCCGCGGGGGUCCUAUCGCUGAGCCCCCGUCGCCUCGCCUCACCCCCACCCGCGGCCCGGCCAUGGGCCCCCCUUCCAGCUCGGGCUUCUACGUGAGCCGCGGGGUCGCCCUGCUGCUGGCGGGGCUGGCCGCCGCGCUCCUGCUGGCGCUGGCCGUGCUCGCCGCCCUAUACGGCCACUGCGCUCGCGCUCCCGGGUCGAAGCUGCUCGACCGCUGGGUCCCAGAGGCCGCGCCCUCGCCGCCGGGCGGGCGGGAGGAGCCGUCGCCGACCUGGAAGCCGGGCCCCGCAGGUGCGCCGGAGGUGUCGGCCACCCCUGGCCCCCGGCGCCCCCCGGGGCCCUGGGACCAGCUGCGCCUGCCGCCCUGGCUCGUGCCGCUGCACUACGAGCUGGAGCUGUGGCCCCGGCUGCGGCCGGACGAGCUCCCGACCCCGGAACUGCGCUUCAGCGGCCGCGUGAACAUCACGGUGCGCUGCGCCGCGGCCACCGCGCUGCUCUUGCUGCACAGCCUCUUCCUGGACUGCGAGGGCGCCGAGGUGCGCGGUCCUCUGUCUCCAGGCGCGGGGGACGCCACCGUGGGCCGCGUGCCGGUGAACGACGUGUGGUUCGCGCUGGACAUGCAGUACAUGGUGUUGGAGCUCGGUGAGGCCCUGCAGCCCGGGAGCCGCUAUGAACUGCAGCUCAGCUUCUCAGGCCCGGUGUACCAGGACGCCAGGGAGGGACUCUUCCUCAACGUCUAUACCGACCAGGGUGAGCGCAGGGCUCUGUUAGCAUCUCAGCUGGAACCAACAUUUGCCAGGAAUGUUUUCCCUUGUUUUGAUGAGCCAGCUCUGAAGGCAACUUUUAAUAUUACAAUUAUUCACCAUCCAAGUUAUGUGGCCCUUUCCAACAUGCCACAACUAGGUCAGUCUGAAAAGAGGGAUGUUAAUGGAAGCAAAUGGACUGUGACUACCUUUUACACUACGCCCCACAUGCCAACCUAUUUAGCUGCAUUUGGUAUAUGUGACUAUGACCACGUCAACAGAACAGAAAGGGGCAAGGAGAUACGCAUCUGGGCCAGGAAAGAUGCCAUCGCAAAUGGAAAUGCGGACUUUGCUUUGAACAUCACAGGGCCCAUCUUCUCUUUUCUGGAAGAUUUAUUUAAUAUUAGUUACCCUCUUCCCAAAACAGAUAUAAUUGCCCUACCUAACUUUGAUAACCGUGCCAUGGAAAACUGGGGACUCUUGAUGUUUGAUGAGUCAGCUCUGUUGCUGCAACCAAGUGAUGAACUAACAGAAAAAAAGGCCAUGAUCGCCUACAUUCUCUCCCAUGAGAUCGGACACCAGUGGUUUGGAAACUUGGUUACCAUGAAUUGGUGGAACAAUAUCUGGCUCAAUGAAGGCUUUGCAUCUUAUUUUGAAUUUGGAAUAAUUAACUACUUCAAUCCUAAAUUCCCAAAAAAUGAGGUCUUUUUUUCUAACAUUUUACAAGGUGUCCUCAGUGAAGAUCAUGCCCUGGUGUCAAGAGCUGUGUCCAUGAAGGUGGAAAAUUUUACAGAAACAAGUGAAAUAAAUGAGCUGUUUGACUUAUUUACUUAUAAUAAGGGAGCGUCGAUGGCCCGGAUGCUUUCUAGUUUCCUGAAUGAGAAUUUAUUUAUCAACGCACUCAAGUCAUAUUUGGAGACGUUUUCUUACUCAAAUGCUGAGCAAGAUGAUCUGUGGAGGCAUUUUCAAAUGGCCAUAGAUGACCAGAGUAAAAUUCUUUUGCCAGCAUCGGUAAAAAGCAUAAUGGACAGUUGGACACACCAGAGUGGUUUUCCAGUUAUCACCUUAAAUGUCUCUACUGGUAUCAUUAAGCAGGAGCCAUUUUAUCUUGGAAAAGUUAAAAAUCAGACCCUUCUAACCCACAAUGACACAUGGAUUGUACCUAUUCUUUGGAUAAAAAAUGGAAUUAUGCAGCCUUUAGUCUGGCUAGAUAAAAGCAGCAAAUUAUUCCCUGAAAUGCAAGUCUCAGACUCUGAUCAUGACUGGGUGAUUUUAAAUUUGAAUAUGACUGGAUAUUACAGAGUUAACUAUGAUAAAUUAGGUUGGAAGAAAUUAAAUCAACAGCUUGAAAAAAAUUCUAAGGCUAUUCCUGUUAUUCACAGACUGCAGUUGAUUUAUGAUGCCUUUUCCUUGUCUAAAAACAAUUACAUUGAGAUUGAAACAGCACUUGAUUUAACCAAGUACCUUGCUGAAGAAGAUGAAAUCAUAGUAUGGCAUGCAGUCUUGGUGAACCUGGUAACCAGGGAUCUUGUUUCUGACACGAACAACUAUGAUAUAUACCCAUUAUUAAAGAAGUAUGUACUAAAGAGACUUACCUCAAUAUGGAAUAUAUAUUCAACUAUAAUCCGUGAAAAUGUGGCAGUAUUGCAAGAUGACUAUUUAGCUCUAGUAUCACUGGAAAAAUUGUUUGAAACUGCGUGUCGGUUGGGCCUUGAAGACUGUCUUCAACUGUCAAGAGAACUCUUCAAAAACUGGGUGAACCAUCCAGAGAAUGAAAUACCAUAUCCGAUUAAAAAUGUGAUACUGUGUUAUGGCAUUGCCCUGGGAAAUGAUGAAGAAUGGGACUUCUUGUUAAAUGCCUAUGCUAAUAAAACAAUGGAAGAAGAAAAGAUUCAACUUGCCUAUGCAAUGAGCUGCAGCAAAGACCCAUGGAUACUUAACAGGUAUAUGGAGUAUGCCAUCAUGAUGGCACCAUUCAAUUUUAAUGAAACAAAUAUAAUCGAAGUUGUGGCAGAAUCUGAAGUUGGCCGGUAUGUCGCAAAGGACUUCUUAGCCAACAACUGGCAAGCUGUGAGUGAAAGGUAUGGAACACAGUCACUGGUUACUCUAAUGUACAUAAUAGGGAGGACCAUAAGUACAGAUGUACAGAUCACAGAGCUGCAGCAGUUUUUCCAUCACAUGUUGGAGGAGCACCAGAGGCUCACAGUUCAGGCCAAAUUACAGAUAAUAAAGACCGAAAAUCUGAAAAACAAAAAGCGAAAUGACAGGAUAGCUGCAUGGCUAUGGAAAAACACAUAAUUUAGAGGCGACUUUUGCCAUGCCUCUUGCAUUCUACAAAGUCAUUUGCUCACAGUUAUGUCUUCCAAUAUUUUGUUGAGUUUGGAAAACCACAUGUUUUGUUAUUUGUAUUUCAGUCACAUUUACUACUCAGAGUUCUGUUUUUUCCAUCUUAUCACGUUUGGCCCCGAGGCUCAGUGAUCGUUGAGGAUUUUGCCAACACUGCUGUAUUUCUGGGGAAGAUUUCACAUCACAUUGGGCUAUAAAACCACAGAAUUUAUUUCAUUGUCUUGUAAAAACAAGUUUACCUUAGAAAGUCUUGCUUAUUUUGUUAUGAAGGUCAGUGGAAUAUUAUAUCAUUGGUUAAAUGAGCACAUUCUUUUCUGAGGAACAUAGAUUUGCAAUACUCCAGGGUUUAUUCAGUUCAAUUUUUAAAAGAGUAACAAGUAAAUAACCCAGCAGCAUAAAGAAACAUAAACUAGAAAAAUAAUAUUCACUAGAAGACAGAAAAGCCAGAAAAAGAAAGUUUUAAGAAGAAAGAACAAUUUUAUGAGCCGUAUUAAGUACCCCAAAGGCAAGAAAUAUGUCUCCUGCCCAUUCUCUCUCCUCACAGUGCCUGCUUCACUGCUACUCAACUUAGAGGCAUCAUGACGAGACCCAGGAUCGUAGGAUCCGUGAAGUGCCCUUAGGAUCACCAUUGCAGAGGCAAGACUGAAGAGGAAGUCUCCGUGUUAAAGCUCCUGAGUGUGUGUUCACUUGUGGGACACUCUUUCAGCCCAAGUUUAUGAGCAAAAAUAAUGAUGUCAAGAGACAAAAGCAAUUAGGGCUGAUCUUCAGCACAAAAAGAAUCCUCAAAUAAAGAGAAAUAGAACUCAAAGGCUAAGCAGAGCACAGUCUCGACAGCUUUUCCCAAGGGGUUAAGUUUGAAAUGUGGUUUCAUUUGGCCAAAUCAAACCUACUUGUAGUUUGGACAACUUUGAACAUUUUCCUCAGUCACAGUGUAUGGAAUUAGUUUAGUUCUGCUGCAGCUGAUUAAAUCAGAACAGCUAAGGGAGAUCGCCCUGCUCUAGACCCUGCAUGUAGAUGAUUUAAUUCUGCAUUUUAGUUUUGAUUUUGUUUUUGUAGAACGGGGGUAAAAAUGACAAAUCUCCUAUCUACCUCAGAGGGAUACUGUAAAGAUUAAGGAAUACGCCAAUUAAAAGCCUCUAAAUGUUGUAUAAACUCAAGGCAAUGUGAUGUUAGGGUUUUUUCCCCCCUAUUUCUUAUGUGAGUUAGUGCACCCACAAAUUAAAGUGCAAUAUUUAUAUUUGCUCAGUGGGAAGGUGAUCUCAGAGUGUGAGGGAGAGGCGAUGGGACUCGGCCAUGAGGACAAACCAAGGUGCCAUCUAUUUGGACUUAACCUUGGUCAUAGGACAGAGGGCUUUUUUCUUUACAUUUAGAAAUUUAAAAUUUAAGCAAUAAAAUAUCUCCAUGUCUUCA